AGCUGUUCUAGUAUUUAUAAAAUAAUAAUUCAAUUCUAGUAAUCCUUGAUCACACCUGCAACAGUUAUGUCAAUGCCUAACACUAUAGUAUGUUGCAUACAAUACAUUCUGUAGCAAAUUAUACGCCACCGUCACACGCAUGACCCUAAAAUGACAUACUAGUAUGUAAUAUGUUGGUAUAUCCAGUUGCCUAUAAAAGCUUUACCGUUUCUAAUUGGAGACAUAUCACUCACGGGCUUUCAAGCACAACUAAAUAUGAUGCUUAAGUUAUUGAUUGUGGUCUGCGCCGUGGCUGCGACCAACGCAGGGGGAUUGCUCUCACCUGUGGGGGUAUACGGUGGUCACUACGGAACCAUCGGCGCGUGGAACCCUUACAGCUCCUACCCCGCCCAGCCGGCCAUAGCGUCACAACAAUCUAAUAUAUACAGGUCACCCUUAAACCUGGGCCAGGUAUCAACGUUCUCAAAAGCAGUUGACACCCCGUUCUCAAGUGUUCGCAAGUCAGAUGUACGAAUAAGCAAUCCUGGAGUAGCCCUCGCGCCGGCUUACCAGGGCAUCGCGGCACCGCUUGUGACACACUAUGGUGUCGGAGCACCUUUGGCUGCCCCUGUAGCUAAAGUAGCUGGAGGGCUUCUGGGUGUAGCUUAUUCGGCGGCUCCAGCUGUUUCCCACAUGAGCUACACAAAUGGUCUUGGUCUUGCCUACUCCUGGUAA